ACGAAAUGUCUAAAAAAAAUAGAAAUGUUAUAAUAUAAUUACUUCAAUUGUUUUAAUUAAAAUCACAUAGAAAUGGAACAAGCAACUAUUAAAACAGAAUACGAUCUAUAUCCUGAAGUCGAGGUACACUAUGCCGAAAGCCAAAAUCAAGAAAUCAUCUGCAGUGACGAUAUAAAAAAAGAACAAAUUGAGAAUGUUUGCGAGAAUAUUUAUAAACAGAAAGAAUUUUACGAUAAUUACAAUGAAGGACAAACAACGAGUAGCAAUGCAACAAGUACAGGAUCAGGAGUUCCCGGGUACUUCCCAUGCCACAUAUGCGGUGCAGUCUUCGAUCACCUCUUCCAAGUCACCCGACACCUUAACGAACAUGUUCGGCGAACCUUUCCAUGCAACCACUGCAGCUGCAUAUUUAACUAUGAGUCGGACUUGGACACUCAUCUGCUUAUACAUAAUACACCCGGGGAAGAGUUAUUCAACUGCGAUGUCUGUCAAGAGAGAUUCCCUAGCCAAGAAUUACUAGAAGCACAUAAAGAAAACCAUAAAGACAACAGCGAAGGCAUCCCAUGUGAAAUAUGUGGACUGAAAUUAAAAGCGAAGUACAGUUUAAAAAUCCAUAUGAGCGCUAAACAUCUCUCUAUUCAACCAUUUUCUUGUGAAGUCUGUGGGAAGCUUUUCCCAGCGCAAUGGAGAUUGAAGGAACACAUGAAACUGCAUACCGGAGACAGCCUGCCUUGUGUAUUCUGCGAUAAACAUUUCGUUUCCCAAAGCAAGCUCGACAUGCAUCUGAUGUCGCAUACUGGUGAGAAGCCGUUUGAGUGCAAAAUUUGCUACAAGCGUUUCGCGAGAGACUCCAACUUAAAAAUACACAUGCGUUUACAUACAGGCCAGAAAAACUUUGUUUGUGAUAUAUGCGAGAAAGCUUUCUACACUAAGUCCGAUUUGUCGUCUCACAGGAAAAUACAUGAUAAGAAUAAACCGAGGCCUUUUAAAUGUCCGGAUUGUGAAUCGGCGUUCGCUUUAAAAACUCAACUCAAAAAACAUUAUAUGGCUGUCCAUAGUACAGAGACCCCAUACUCAUGUGAAAGCUGCAACGUUAAGUUCAAAACGAAAAAGUCUUGGAAGUAUCAUAUGAUGCGACACUCAGACGAGAGGCCGCAUAAGUGCAGUGUUUGUGACAAAGGGUUCCUCAUCCGGCACCUCCUGGUGAAGCACAUGAGGAUACAUACGGGUGAACGACCGUACAAUUGUCAGUAUUGCGACAAAAGCUUUAAAUCUAGAUCUAAUUUAAAUACUCAUAUGGGUAAUGUUCAUAAAGAUGUAAAAAAACCAGCCAAGUGCGAGUCGGACUCGCCCACUGAGAGUUCCAUACAAAUUUAACUUAUUUAUUGUUAGUAUUUGUUGCUAUAGCAGCAACAGAAAUGCAUUAUCUGUUAAAAUUUCAACUGUCUAGCUAUCACGGUUCAUUAGGCUGUAUGCCUGGUGACAGACAGACUGACAGUGGAGUAACAAGAUGCAUGUAACUGCGUCGAAAUAUCGGGAGCUCGAAGACAAUACAAAAGGUACUCACGGUCUAUAUCCCGGUCAAUAUAGGUCUAGAACAGGAGUCUUAAUAGGGUUCAGUUUUUACCCUUUGGGUACGGAACCCUAAAAAGCAGAAAUUAUUAUUAUUUUAUUUAUUAUAAUCAAAUGUUAAAAAUUACAAUUUAACAAAGCUCCACAAAGCUGUAAUUAGUUUGACUGUAGAGUCAAGUAUCAAUCUCUUUUUACACUAAGUUCUAUAAUUAGGUAUAUUAAGUAGGUAACAUAUAACACAAUUUGGAGUUACUAAUAGUGUAAACUAUUUUACAAUGUUUUAUUUAAUUCACCAGUAACAAUGUGCUAACCCAUCGCUCGCAGACGUAUCUGCAUGUUAAAAAAAAAUGAUUUUAUUUUACAAUGUAUUAUUAAUAAUGUAGUUUUAUGAAAUUUUGAAAAGCAUUUUAGUAAUUAAGCAUAAAAAGGAGUGAUUCUGUUUUGCGAGAGCUUGGAGCGUUUUCAUAUUCAAUUCAAUUAUUUAUUUUCAAGAUAGCAGUGAUCCCAUUGUGUUAGUAUUACACAUUAUAAGGCUUAAAAAAGAUGUUAAUAUUUAAAAGUUAAAUUAGACUUAAUUAAUUUAACUAAACAUAUCAUUAUGGGACAACAAACGUGAUCAGCAAACAUAUUGUCCGAUCCGGAUGUCGGAUAGUCCCUAUUAAGAAAAGAUGUUAGAGAGUAUCUUAAGGCAUGAAGUCCACCUUUUUUUGGGUUAACAUUUUUUUGCCAUGAAGAUUUCUUAAAUGAAUAAAUCCAUACUAAAAUUUAUAAAUGCGAAAGUGUGUCCGUCUGUCUAUAACCUCUUCACGCUUAGACCGCUGAACUGAUUUAGUUGAAAUUUGGUAUAGAGAUACCGUGGAAGGACAUAGGGUAGUUUUUAUCCCAGAAGUCAUCCUUAAGGGGGUGAAAAUUUGUAUGGGGAAUCUAUAAAAAGUAGAUUAGAUUAAAAAUUAAGCUACCCAAAUUGCUAACCCCACGCAGACGAAGUCGAGGGCAAAAUCUAGUAAAAAAUAAAUACAGAAAAAACAUAUAUUAUACAUUUUACUUCUAUCCAAUAUCGAACAAUAUGAAAACGCUCUUAUUACGCUGAUAUUAUGCAACAAUUAGGUAUUAAUUCAUUUACAAAAAAUAUUCUUUUUAUUUAUAA